AUGGAUGGCUGCUUCCUCAAGUACUAUACCCAACUCAGCGACAUCCUCCUAUCGCUCCCUCAUUUGGAGUCUCUCAGAAUAAAACGGUUUGGGUACAUGUUCAAGUCUCAGCACGAGCAAAACGCACACAUGAUCCUUGACCUUCUGCAUGCAUAUUCCGUUGAAGUCCUAAAACUCUCUGACGGCGAUUGGGACCACCAACAAGAGUAUUCCGGGAUAUCACGAUACACCUCGCUCCGCUCUAUCGAGAUCACAACCGCAUGGCAGCUAGACCUUGUUCUGAUUAUUCAAGUCUUGUCUCACGUUCGGUCGACGCUGCUCGAAGAUGCAUCCAUCACCGUAUUCGUGUCGAAUGCCUGGGAGAACGGGGGACCGAAUCGGCAGGAAGUGCUGGCGCGGGUGCAGGACAUUGGUGCCAAGACCGACGACAUCCUGGCUGCGCCAUCAGCCUUUCCCUCCCUCCGCCUUGCUUCCGUGAGGCUUUUCGUGAGGCUAUCGAAUCAAGUCUGCCACGAUGUCGGCAGCGUGGCAUCUUGA